UAAAAUUCACAGAGGAUUUUUAUAUUUUUGAAGUAUUCGUUAAGAGCUCCAUAUUUAUUUUUCAAUGUUUCGAGGUCAGUAUGACAAUGAUGUCACUGUGUGGAGUCCGCAAGGUCGGCUCUUUCAAGUGGAGUACGCCAUGGAGGCAGUGGGCCUCGGCACAGCGUGUGUUGGGCUGAAAUCUCAAGAAUUGGCCGUUGUGGUUGGUCUCUAUAAGCCAGAGAAUCAGACGGGCUUAAGUCAGCCGAAGAUCAUACCGAUCGACAGGCACGUGGGCAUUUGUAUAGCGGGCAUUACGGCCGAUGCUCGAGUUUUGGGAAAAUAUCUACGCACCGAGUGCCUGACCUAUAGGCAUUCGUAUAACGCGCCCUAUCCGAUCAGCCGUCUGGUUUGGAAUCUGGGAAACAAAAUGCAGAUAAGUACACAGCGUUACGAUCGCCGGCCCCAUGGAGUGGGCCUUCUGCUAGCUGCCUAUGAUAAGAAUGGCAGUCACAUCUAUCAGGUGAUGCCAUCGGCAAAUGUCUUCAAUUGCAAGGCGAUGGCUAUUGGGAAUCGGUCGCAAGGCGCCCACACCUAUUUGAUGAAGCAUGCGGACACAUUUCCGUACUGCACCAAUGAUGAAUUGAUCUGCCAUGGCAUCCAGGCGAUUAGCUAUGCGGCUUCGAUUGAUGAGCCAUUGAAAUUGAGCAUCGGCAUUGUUGGAAAGGAUCAGCCCUUUAAGAUACUUAGUAAUGCAGAAAGUCUUUCGUACCAGAGGACCUGCAAGCCACCUGAUGAUGCCCGUAAUCAUGAUAUGUCCUGGUAUCCGGAGGCUCUUAAGGAAUUCGAAUUCACUGAAAAUGAUGAUGCAGGUCCCUCGGAUCAGGGAAAUGCUCCGACUUCCCAACCUUCGCAUAGUGAUGUGACGCCAGUGACAUCUGGUAAUCAAAUCAACGAUAACAAAUCCAGUUAAGCUUCAUGUUUUUGUGCACUUAGUAAUAAAGUUUUCAAAUUUUGCGUUUAAAAUAAAAGAAUUUACUAAUCCAUAGCAGCCAAAUUCGGAUAAAAA